AAACAUACAAGGUUCAAAUCUGUUUAGUGGACACGUCAUGGGAUACUUUUUUUCAGUCGGAGGAUGUAUUCUCAGCUUGUUGCUGCCUCUGCCUACGGCCACAGCAAAGUUCGUCCUUUUUGACAACACAAAGCCUGCCUUCGACACCGAGGGUCGAAUCUUGGACGCUCAUGAUGGAACCAUUCAACGCUUUCAUAAAGAUGGGCCGUAUUAUAUGCAUGCCGUAGAGUACGGCCUUUGUCAGGCACCAAACAUCACAGGUUGCGACUCCCCUGACCGGUGUGGCUUUCGCUUGGACCACAAUCUCAGUGUGUACACGAGUUGGGACUUGAGUUGUGGCUCCUGGGCGUUCCAAGGAUACGCCUUCCCUUGGACAGAACGGCCCGCGGGCACCUUGUUCCGGCCUUCCGCUGUCUUCAACCCCACCACUCACGAGUACAUUUUGUGGUGGAAUUAUGUCUAUCCUAAUGGCACGUACGCAGGUUUUGCAGUGGCUACCUCCUCAAAGCCACAGGGACCCUUUGAACAGCGUCGGGCCCAGGUCAAUAUUGCGCACCUUCCUGCCGGUGAUUUUCAUCUCUUUGUCGAUGACGACGGGACAGGCUACGUACUAUAUUCCGCGGACUUUUGGAUUACCAUAGAAGAAUUGACGCCCGAUUUCUUGGGGGUCUCGGGGCGCGCGUUUGAUGGAUUCCGAGGGAACGGAUCCGAGUGGGGCUUCGAGGCGCCCGUCAUGUUCAAACGCAAGGGCAUCUACUACAUCCUGUUCGGGCCCAUGUGCUGCUUCUGUUAUCAGGGAUCUGGCAUUCGUGUCUACACUGCCACUUCCCCCCUCGGUCCCUACACUUUUCAAGGGGACGACAUUGCCUGUGCUUCCAAAGGCACCUUUGCCGCGACUGCUCACACCCGCGCCGACAAUGACGGGCCCAUUCCCACUCCAGAGCAAGGUUGCUUAUUCUACGGCACGGACCAAAUAUCCACGACGCGCGCUCAACAGAAUUUCGUAAUAGAGGUGCAGACGUCUGGGGGAGAAACGGAGUAUGUGUGGACAGGGGACAGGUGGAUGCAGUCCCCGGACGGGCUGAAAGGGCACGAGCCGCAGUAUUGGUUCCCCUUGAGCUUCGACGAACAGGGACGCAUCGAGAGGGUGUCGUGGAUCGAUCUCUUUGUUCUGGAUGUGGCAGACAUGACCGAGGAGGAUGAGGCUCUGCCGUUGCGUGUGAGCCAAAGUUGAAGUUGAGGGGGGACAGAGACGGAAGCGAUUUUGUAUAAAAAGAGUGGCACAGGCACGCUACAAAUUGUUGAUAUGAAGGCCUGCGGGAUUAUCCACAGGUGAGCUUAUGGCGAUGUUCAGGCACGAUAUUCCGAUAUUCCAAAAAGCAUAAAUAAAAGUACCUUUUCCGACGUGAGCAA